UAGUGUUCGCCCUAUCUAGUGAACACGGCGUGCGGGCUGUUGACGGUGUGUUCCGCAGAACGGCCUACUCAGCGUUUAGGCGAUGUACGUUUAUGUCGAGGGAGUGAUCGUUCCCGUCGCCCGUGUUUUGGUCUAAAGCGUUAAUUCGCGGCGUGGAUGUGAAGGCUUUGCUCAGCCGUGUUUGGGCUGUUUGAGGGUUUCUGUAGCCGCUGCUCAGUUCAGGACGAGGGAUGACUGUGUGAAGAUGGAGUGUGUUAGAGUGUUCGUGCUGUCGGCUGCGCAGGUUUACACACUCUUCACCCUCCAGCUCUUCAUCACGGCGCGGCCUGCCCACGCUGACAUCACCGCCGUUUCGUCUGAUAAUAAGACGGAGAGUUUUGAUGACCUCCCUGCGAGGUUCGGGUACCGGCUGCCCGGCGAGGGGCUGAAGGGUUUCUUGAUUGGAGCUCGGCCUGAGAACGCUUGUGAGCCCAUAGAUCCUCCACCAAUCAGAGAGCGGGAAAACUCCAGCACCUUCAUCGUCCUUAUCAAACGCUUUGAUUGUAACUUUGACAUCAAGGUUCUUCAUGCUCAGCGUGCAGGAUAUAAAGCAGCAAUCGUUCACAAUGUGGACUCCGAAGACCUCAUCAGUAUGGGCUCUAACGACUUGGACAUUGUGAAGCAGAUAGACAUUCCAUCAGUGUUUAUUGGAGAAGAUGCUGCGAUCGCUCUAAAGCAGGAUUACACCUAUGAGAAAGGAGGUCAUGUGAUCGUCAUGCCGGAUUUCAGCUUGCCUCUGGAAUACUACCUGAUCCCGUUCCUCAUCAUUGUUGGAAUCUGCCUCAUUCUUAUCGUCGUUUUUAUGAUCACAAAGUUUGUGCAGGAUCGUCACAGGGCCAGGAGGAGCCGCCUGAGGAAAGAUCAGCUGAAGAAACUUCCAGUUCACAAAUACAAGAAAGGGGACGUUUAUGACGUUUGUGCAAUUUGUUUAGACGAGUAUGAAGAAGGAGAGAAGCUGCGGGUUCUGCCAUGUUCUCAUGCAUAUCACUGUAAGUGUGUGGACCCCUGGCUGACCAAGACGAAGAAGACAUGUCCAGUCUGUAAGCAGAAGGUCGUUCCGUCUGAGGGCGACUCUGACUCCGACUCGGACUCUGGAGAGAGUGGCCCAGAGGAGAACGAGGAAAUUUCGGAAAACACUCCGCUCCUGCGCUCACUGGCGUCCACCAGUGGUCAUUCCUUCGGCACCAUGGCAACGGCGCUUUCUCCGCAGGAACACGAUGAGUCCUCCAACUACGAUGAGCAGAGCGACAUGGACACCAGCGACAGCGAGGAGGAGGUUACCGUGGAAACAGUGGUGGUGCAGCUGCAGCAGGAGCGACAUGCAGGUGACGGAGCGAAGGCUUAAAGAGAGGGUCCGAAACCCAGCGGCCCGCUCCCCUCAGACUGUACCGGGUGGGGGCACCGAAACAUCUCAUCACUGCUCGCUUAAAUUCACACCUCUCUCUCUCUUUUUCUCUCUCUUUUUCUCUCUCUCUCUCUCUCUCUCUCUCUCUCUCUCUCUCUCUCUCUCUCUCUCUCUCUCUCUCUCACACUCACUCACACACACACACACACACACACACUCACACGUCCUUUCUUAAACUGACGGAUAAACGGACGAGAAAGUUCUGCAGAUUAAAUCAGGAGUUAAUUAAAAUUCAUUAACCUUAACUUUGACUGAUACACUAAAGGAAACACUCACCAUAAAUCGGACUCACCACAGUGUGUGUUAUGCAAAUCACUCUAAUAUUAAUUAGUAUUUUUCUGAUUAAAACAGUGGCUGUAUGCUAUUUAGAGGGUGGGGUUUAACAGUCAGUUAUGCGGUAAAGGUUUAAUACUGUACGCUUUAAGUUUCUACUUUACAUUUUCAGGAGCAGGUUUCGGGGAUGGGCAUGAGAGGUAUGAGGGGGGGGGUUACACGGUUUAAUAAUAAACAGUGUUUAAAUCAGAACAGGGUUCUGAAUGGAGAACCGUAACUCGCCUUUUAUCAAGCACCAUUUUAAUGACCUAAUUUUCCUGAAUGAUUGUUGCUACAAUACAAAUAAUUUUGUAGUGAUUUCUUGCCAAACUCUAAAGAUGAAAGAUCAGAGGAGAAUCGAUCGGAAUGUUGAUCUGAACAGAAUUCAGCCAAACUGGUUCUGGUUGUUUUUCAAAAGUUUUAAUGAAAAACUUUUUUUUUUAUGUUCAGCCUCUAAAGUUUUGAUGCACCUUCAUUAAUAUUCAUGUAGUCAUUUCAUGUUUUUUUUUUUAAACAAGUAAUUUCAUAUCAUUUAAAUACUGUAUCUAGAAAGUCUCUACGAUGAAGAACCAUUACAGUCUUAUGUCUGUUGCCUUUGUCUUUUGUCUGUAAAUCGUUUCACAUCAUCUCAAUUAAAAUUAUUUUGUUGGGGGAAAAAA